AUGUGUAGGACGAGGAGAAUAAAGUGCGAUGAGACGAAACCUACUUGUAAUCAAUGCGCCAAAUCAAGACGGCAAUGUCCUGGAUACAAAGAUGAUUUCGACCUCGUCUUUCGAAAUGAGACGUUGGCUACGGAAAGAAGAGCAAGAAAGGCGACGAAUGGUAAAAGAGAGCCUGGACACUUUACUAUCCCCACCGGGCCCAAUCAACAAACUGUCUUUGCGGUAAACUCAAAAGAUGAAAGCAAUUCUUCCAAACCGGAUGCAGCUAUGGAAAUGGGACUGUCACGAAUCAACACGAUGAUUCUCUCGGUGCCAAUUGAACAACAAGCGCCCUGUUUCUUCCUUUCCAAUUACGUCUUGUCACCUACGUCUGACGUCGAUACGCCACGAGGAUAUUUUGAUUUUCUAGGCCCAUUGAUGAAAGGAGAAGGCCCGGAUAGUCAGUUGAGGCUUGCUUUCACUGCUGCCUCGAUGGCGUCUUUAGCAAAUAGACCAAGCUCUAAGCACCGAAGGGACUUGAAGCAUAUGGCUGUUGCGCAUUAUACGAGAGCGUUGAAAGCAACGAAUCUUGCGCUUCAGAAUCCAGCGCUACAGAGAACUGAUCAAACACUUGCUGCUGUUCUCAUGUUAGGUUUCUAUGAGACGAUCUGUACAGAAAACAACAACGCAUCCGCUUGGUAUUCACACAUCGAUGGUGCAGUACAGCUUGUAAGAAUGAGAGGGAAGAAAUUUGCAAAAUCCAGAAUGGGCAAUUCUCUCUUCCAAGUAGUACGGACACAGAUGAUGAUAAACUGCAUGACCUCUGCCAAACUACCAAAAGGAGGAGUAGAAUGGUGGACAACAGACAUCGAAGGAGACUUCGGCUCACCCAUCGUAAACAUGAAGCUACGCCUCGCAACGCUCCGCUACGAAAUGAACCAAACCCUCAGCGUCUACAGCCGCACCCCUGAACAUUUCGCCAAAAUCGCCGACAUCAUGCGGCGAGCCCAAGCCGUCGAAACCGAAUGUCAGGCUUGGGAAGCCUCGUUACCGGAAUGGUGGCAUCCUAAAACCGUCGCCUGGGUCGACAACAUCGCCGGCAUGGACGUCAGUAAAUCUGAAGUCUGGCCCGGCAAGAUCGAAGCGUAUCAUAACAUCUGGGUUGCUACGUUCUGGAACCACGCGAGAGUCGCUCGUAUCGCAGCAUCUGGUAUCAUAAUCCGCUGUACAGCGUGGAUGUGUUCACCAGUAGACUACCGCACCACCCCCGAAUACGCCUACGCGAAUCGUAUCUGUCUUGACCUCGUAAUCGACAUAAUCUCCUCCAUCCCCUACCUCCUAGGCUGGUCCAUUGGUAAAGGCUCCUCCGCCACAGCCAACCUGUCGAGUUUCGAGGCCGGACUCGAGGCGUUCAUAAACCCUAAACCCAUCGGUGGUUUCUUCGCCCUCUGGCCCCUUUUCGUGGUCAGCACCGCGGAUUACUGUACUGAUUCACAGCGAACAUACGCGAAAGCACGAAUGGUACAUAUAGCCGACCAUCUAGGACUUAACCACGCCCGAGUCCUCGCAGGCUUCCAAAUCCGCAUCCCCUCCAUGACAAUCCGCCGCGACAACAUCGGCCGUCUCCCCUCCCCCUCGCAGAUGAUCGCGCAAACCCUCUACACCCCCGCCUCCCCCACCACCUUCCCUCCCCCAGGCACAUCCUUCCCGUCCAGUCCCGAAGAACCAAGCUCCCCGCCGCCGGCGAUGGCGAAUAGGACGUAUGAUCUAUCCCCGUUGCAGCAGCGCGAGAUGAUGCAGAAAGAGGCGUUUGAGCGGGAGAGGUUGACGCUUUUGAAGCGCGCGGCGGGGGACCAGGGGGAGAGUGUUGAGAGGUUGAUGGCUAAGUAUUUGGCUGUUUGA